AUGAGCAACCCACAAAGAUUUGACAAUGAAUUCAAUCAAGCCGAUAUCAACCAUGAUGGUGGAAUCGAUGAACGAGAAUUUCGACAAUUUCUUGGUCCCGUUAAAGACGAGAGAAGAUUAUCGGGAUCAGCUCAAGACCUUCAAAGUUUUGCUGCGCAUUCAGGACAUGCAACUGAAACCAUCACAUAUCCAGUUGGUCUUGAUGUAGCUGUAGCUGGCUUUGCACCACAAGAUCCAAUUCAAUAUGAAAAAUUUACAGCAGGUGCAGCUGGAAGUGAACAACACAAAUAUGGUCUUGGACCUGAUGUUGGUAUUGGAGCACCAAACGUCGCCAGAAAAAGCAAUCAUUAUGAUCCAGCUGGAGCUAUGUUUGACUAUGCCGAUGUUAAUCACGAUGGACGAAUUGACAAACAAGAAUUUGGAUCAUUUAUGAAAUCGGUUUGA